AUGGAAGGCCUGCAAGUCCCCAAGUUCGAUGGCAAGGCAGAGUCCCUCAAGGAUUUCACGGCUCACUUCAAGCUGUAUCUCAAGCAGACAUGCCCAGGAGCGGAAGGAGUACUCGAAGGAAAGGAAGUCACGCAAGACCAAGAGGAACGAGCACAUGUCAGCAUCAUGCAGGCCCUCAGGGGUUGCAACUCCACAGCAGCAAAAGGAGCUCUUGCCCAGCCAGACGCGAGAACAGCCUGGCAAGUCUUGAUCAAGUAUUACAACCGACCUGAGGAUGAUGUCAAGAAGAGCCGUCACAUCAUCAACUGCAUCAACAGCGUUCGUGUCAGGCCCGACGAUACUGCUGACGAGUAUGCCACCAGAAUCUACCAGGCGAUCGACAAGCUCAGUACUGCGUACGAUAUGCGGGAGAGCAGGACGCUGGAGGAGAUAUUCUCCCUGUUCAUCUUCUCCCUGUUCCACGACAGCAAACCGAAGCAGUUCGGUAAUGAAAUCAAGUCGCCUACUUCAACCGUCCACCAGUUCGUAGACCUGAUCCUCAGCAGCAACCCAGCCUUAGAGGAUACGGUCAGCGAUCACAGCGGCACGGAGCAAAUGCUCAAGAUUGCCAGACCGCGACGCCCCGAGAGGACGCGUUCCGACAGGCAGCUUAAGAGGAAGAAGAGCAGGUGCCCGCACUGCGGGAAGUACUGCUUCCAUCGUGAGGAGGACUGCUACCACAACCCCAACAGGAGCAUGCAAUCGGGGUUCAAGCACCAGUCUGGAGGCAGCCGCAAUAACCAGCCGCGUCCGCCGCAUCAGCAACACAAGCCAGACUUCACCUUCAAGAUCCUGAGAACACCUCAACAGCUCCCCUUCUCUGAGCACCUGGUGGGACUAGACUCUCAGUCUUCCGUGCACAUCUUCUCGGACCCAACCUACUUCACACAUCGCGUCAUACUUCAGCAACCGGCCGUCGUGCGAGGUUUGGGCGGUACGGUCGAGGUUCACGAGACGGGGACGGUGUCGUUGAAGGUCCGAGUGGGUAGUGAGGAGAAGGUGAUCAACGUGCGAGACGUGUUGUUCUUACCGACAAUGGGAUUUAAUAUCCUGUCAGCAGGACGUCUGGUGGAUGCUGGGGUGACGGUGAAGCUGAAUGGAGAGAGUCCACGUGUGGAGUACCGCGACCUCUGCCUCCAGCUCCAUAUGCAUGGCACCACUUACUACCUCAAGGCCGAGCCACUGCACAAGGCCCAAGCUUGCCUGGCGGUACAGACUCUUCACACGUGGCAUCGUCGACUCGGUCACAGAAGCCUGACGGACGUUGCCAAGCUCCUCGACGACAACGGCAUCAGCUACCAACAGCACCACCGUGACCAAAUUCAGCCAUGCACACAGUGUAUGCCAUACAAGAUCCAGAGAAAGCCGGUCCGGAAAGCUGCAGACGAUCACAGCACGGAACCAGGAGGCAGGCUCCAUGGUGAUCUCCAGGGGCCGUUCCCGUCCGCAGCAAAGACCCACAAGUAUGUGCUGUUUGUUGUCGACGAGAAGACGAGAUAUGCGGACACGAUGGUGAUCUCCAAGAAGUCAGACGCCCCUACAGCAUUGCGGCAGCUGGUAGCGACGACAGCCAUUCCGAUCGACCGUGGUGCACUUCUCCAAGUGGACGCUGACCCUGUCUUCAAGUCGUCUAUCUUUGCGGCCACAGCACGACAGCUGGGUGUGACCGUCAGAUUUUCACCGCCCUACACACAUCAGCACAACGGCAUGGCCGAGAGGGCAUGGAGGACGGUGAAGGAGAUGGCAGCUUCCAUGUUAGCGGCAUCAGCAAUACCACCGCAACAGCAACCUGACUUCACGUGUGCAGCAAUACAGCACGCCUCGAACGUCUACAACUACGUUGUCCACACGUCACUUGGCUCUCCUCCCUACACGGCGCUCACAGGCCGACCUCCACCACUGUCGAGCCUGAGGGUAUUUGGGUGCCCGUGCGUCAUCUACGAUGAUGUGAAGUCUGACAAAGGUGCACUUCCGGCGAGAGGUGCGGCUGGCCACUACAUUGGCUAUGAUCCGCGCUGCAACGGUCACAAGAUAUUCGUCAGCGGCACUCAGCGCACGAGAUCUGGCAUCAAUGUCGACUUUGUGGAGUGCCACCAGCAGCAGCCUACUGGCGCACUGCAGGUCCACGGCCACCAGCAGCAGCCUACUGGCGCACUGCAGGCCCACGGCCACCAGCAGCAGCCUACUGGCGCACUGCAGGCCCACGACCACCAGCAGCAGCCUACUGGCGCACUGCAGGCCCACGGCCACCAGCAGCAGCCUACUGGCGCACUGCAGGCCCACGGCCACCAGCAGCAGCCUACGUGGCGCACUGCAGGCCGCGUUGUUUGUCUAGAACAACAUAGGACCAGUGAUCGGCCAAUUACUAAGGCCGGUAGCCCACUGCAGGCCCACGGCCACCAGCAGCAGCCUACUGGCGCACUGCAGGCCCACGGCCACCAGCAGCAGCCUACUGGCGCACUGCAGGCCCACGGCCACCAGCAGCAGCCUACUGGCGCACUGCAGGCCCACGGCCACCAGCAGCAGCCUACUGGCGCACUGCAGGCCCACGGCCACCAGCAGCAGCCUACUGGCGCACUGCAGGCCCACGGCCACCAGCAGCAGCCCGAUGGGCAACAACGACAGCAACUGCAAGGACACGAUCAGACGACGGCUGACCUGGUCCCGACAGUUCUUGCUGAACGAGAGAUAUGCCUGCAGCCCCAGCAACACGAACCGCAACAGCAGCAUCAACAGCACGCCCAACAACAGCCUCAACAGCUUCGAAGGUCCGGACGUAUCCGUACACCUGUCGAGAAGCUAUGCUUGACUGCGACCACAGCCAACGACCCGCCGAGAACGUGGCAGAUGGCGAUGAAGGGUCGUGAUAGGCAGCGUUGGCUUGACGCCUUUGAGGAGGAGUGGGGUAAGAUGUUGCAGUUUGGAGCGUUUGACGUGGUGGACAGCCGACAACUAUCCAUCCCUACCCAGCCCAUUCCGAGCAAACUUGUCCUGACAAGUAAGCAGCUCGUGGAUGGUACGACCAAACGCAAGGUGCGCCUGGUCUGCUGCGGCAACCGCCAGGAUGUCGGCACGUUUGACGACGUGUUCGCGCCAACCACGAGGAUCGACGCCGUCAGGACUUUCCUCGCCGUGACCACCUUCAAGAGGUGGCACCUCCACCAGUACGACGUUACUUCCGCCUUCUUGCACGCGCAGAUUGAUGUCCAGGGGGUGUAUGUGCGUCCGCCGUCCGCGGCGAACCUACCAGACGGUUCGCUGCUGAGACUCAAGAAGAGUCUUUAUGGACUUCGUCAGGCCCCUCGUUUGUGGUACAACUCGAUCUGGCAGACCAUCAAGGAGAGUGGCCUUCGUCGCCUGGCAUCGGAUGCCUGUGUCUUCGUAGGCGAGGAUUGCAUGCUCUGCGUCCACGUCGACGACUUUCUGAUCGCAGCCGGCACCAUUGACCGUGUCCGUCACGUGGCAGCCUCACUGAGCGCGCACUACCACCUGAAGCACCUAGGCCCUGCUAAGCAGUACCUGAACAUCAACAUCAACUACGACCGGGAUGCGGGGACCAUGACCCUUACACAACAGCACUACGUACACCACCUCCUGCAACAGCAUGGACUUCAGACAUGCAGACCGAAGGACACCACUCUCCCCACCAACUUCAAGCUCGAUGCAACCACAGCAGCCGAGACAGUGGAUGUUAAGCAGUUCCAGCACAUCGUUGGCAGUUUGCUCUACCUGGCGGGUUGCACAAGGCCAGACGUCGCGUACGCCGCUACGGCCUUGGCCCGAGCUGUGCGACAACCAACCGCCAUACAUCAACAUGCUGCGAAACAUGUGAUGAAGUAUCUCCGAGGCACCUCUGGUCUUGGCAUCACAUACUCUGCAACGUCGGCACCGACUCUACAACUGCGGGGUUUCUCCGACGCCAGCCACUUGACAGAUACAACAACGUCCCGAGGCCACGCCGGGCAUCUGUUUACUUUGGUUGGCGGGCCCAUUUCGUGGUCGUCACGCCGUUUGUCGUUGGCUACAGCGUCCACAGCAGAGACUGAGUACGUCUCAAUUGCGAGAGCCUCUCACAGUGCUGUAUACCUAAGGCAGUUCCUCAAUGAGCUUGGCUACACUCUGCCUCCUACGACAAUUGUGACUGACAACCAACCAGCCAUAGCAAUCGCCACCAACCGCGUGACGAAGCUCAGGACCAAGCACAUACGCCUGAGGUUUCACAUUGUCCGGGAGCUGGUUGAGGACAAUGUCAUUGAGCUUACCUAUGAACCAGGGCGCACCCUCUUGGCUGACAUGCUUACCAAACCGCUGCCACGGCCCGCACUUGUUCUCUGCCGUGACCAAGUGCUGGCGGUUGUGCCUGUGUGA